AUGCACAUGCAGAAUAGGACGGUAAAGAUAUGCGUAGUGGAGCCAUUUAGCCAUGGUCACAUUUCCUAUACUGGUAGAGAGAGACAUGGUCGUGGCCAGAAAGGAAUAAUUCGUGCCACACAUGAUAAGAACCAAGUAAUCGGAAAUGCAAGAAUGCCCAGCACGCACGGCAAUCUUCAAGCAAGAAAUAGUAAAGUAAAAAGAAAUGGAGAAGAAGGACGAGGAGAGGGAAAGAAGAAGAGGAAGAAUACAAAUAUAAAAACAAGCAUAGAGCGAAAAGAAAGAAAUGACCAUACCUCCAUGAUAGAAGGAAAUAUCGGAAUGUCCGUCGGCUUCGUUUAG